AUGCUCAGCAGACACAUUUUUAUGUGCUCUCGAGCCGGUGCUUCGACGAGUCAAGCAGUUUUCCACACUUCAACCAUGAAUUCAGUCCUUCCAAGGGCCAAACCGCUCGACGAGGAAUUACCGCCAUCCCCAACACCUAUAGGAAAGAAAAACCGCCCAGACACACAAAUAUUGGAUUUGUCUGGGAAAAGGCACAAAAAAGACAUUGACAUUAUUGUAACAGACCAAUACCUUCAACAAUGGUAUAAAAUGGAGACGAAAGCGUUGGCUGCCGACUAUUUGUCACUUUGCAAGUCGAAAUUAAGUCUUUUCGUAGCUUCUACAGCGACUUGUGGAUUUUUGAUGGCGCCAGUGCCUGUAGCGUUCGCUCCACUUGCCGCAGCGACAGUAGGAACAUUUCUUCUGUCGUCAGCCGCCAAUUCGUGCAAUCAGUUGCUCGAAGCACCGUACGAUGCUCAAAUGAGACGGACACAGAGUCGGGUUCUUGUUGUCCACAGAUUCUCCCCACUCCAUGCCUUCACUUUUGCCGGAGUCACAGGGCUCACAGGAAUCGGAUUACUCGCCUAUUAUGCGAAUCCACUGGCGGCAGCUCUGGGAGCAUUGAAUUGGUUCAUUUAUGCAGGCGUCUACACCCCAAUGAAACGCUCACACAUCGGAUGCACAUGGGCUGGAGCCGUCGUCGGAGCCAUUCCACCUCUGAUGGGAUACUCAGCAGCCACUGGAUAUCUGGAUCCAGCUGCCUGGUGUCUCGCCACUAUCCUCUUCUCUUGGCAGUUCCCUCAUUUUAAUGGAUUGAGUUGGAAUUUGAGAGGAGAUUAUAGUAAGGCCGGAUAUCGUGUGAUGUGUGUGACGAACGAGCGUCUCUGCCGUGUCACCUCCAUCCGCCACAGUCUGGCUCUUCUCGGAUUGUGCUCCAUCGCUGCACCGCUCACGAAUCUGACCACACUUACCUUCGCCAUCGAUUCCCUUCCUGUCAACGCCUACCUCGUCUACCUCUCCUACAAAUUCUAUAAAGCUCCAGAUGCCAAAAACAGUCGAAGACUAUUCUUCUACUCACUUCUUCAUCUCCCAUUGGUUAUGUUAUUGAUGGGAAUUAGUAAUUAUGGAAGGAAUGAGGAUCAGAAGGAGCCAGUGAUGGAAAGGAUAACGAAUGGAUUCAAUAAAAUGACGGAUUCAAUGAAGGGGUUCACAACAUCAUUGUCUUCAUGA